UCUGCUGUCACCCUUAUAACCUUUGACAUCUUUUAAUUAUUUUAUAUCACGUAACAACAAUUAGCAUUAAUUAGACAAAAUGUAUAGUCGACGAACAACCAGACAGAAUAGUAUGAUGGAUGAUAAUGUUGAGCAAUUUUUAAAUAUAGCUAAUUAUGAAGAUACAGUGAGACAAUUGGAUAUAUAUUAUGGAUUAGUCAAAAGACAAUUGCUUCAAUUUCAAAGUCCAAUUACUGGACUAUUUCCAGCUUCUUCAGUUGAUGAUGUUGUUGCUAGUGUUAGGGAUAGUGUAUACUGUGCAGCUGCUGUAUGGGGUCUUUAUCAAUCUUAUAGGAGAAUUGAUGAUGAUCGAGGAAAAUCAUAUGAGUUGGGUCAAUCAGCUGUUAAAUGUAUGAGAGGAAUCUUGGAAUGUUGGAUAAAGCAAGCUAAUCGAAUAGAAUCAUUCAAGAGUAAUCAGUGCAAUGCACAGGCACUCCAUGUGAAAUUCCAUUUGAUGACUGGUAUGGAAAUAUACACUGAUGAAGAGUAUAACCAUUUGCAAAUUGAUGUUGUAUCAAUAUAUUUACUAUUUUUGGUACAAAUGAUAACUUCUGGUUUACAGAUUAUUUAUACACAGGAUGAAGUAGCUUUUGUUCAAAAUUUGGUUUACUAUGUUGAAAGAGCAUAUAGGACACCAGAUUUUGGAUUAUGGGAAAGAGGAAGCAAAUACAAUGAUGGAACACCUGAAAUUCAUGCAAGUUCAAUUGGUUUAGCCAAAGCAGCGUUAGAGGCAAUAAAUGGAUGUAAUUUAUUUGGUGAAAAUGGGGCUGCGUGGAGCGUGGUGUAUGUUGAUAUUGAUGCCCAUAAUCGUAACAGGAGUAUAUUUGAAACUAUGCUGCCAAGAGAAUCUUCAUCAAAAGCAAUAGAUGCAGCUCUUUUAAGUACAAUAUCGUUUCCAGCAUUUGCCACUCACGAAGAAUUGUUAUAUUCCAAUACGAAAUCUCAUAUUGUGAACAAAUUGAAAGGUAGCCAUGGUUUUAAACGAUAUAGUCGUGAUGGAUAUAAUUGUGUUCUAGAAGAUCCAUCAAGAAGAUAUUAUAAGAAAGGAGAAAUCAAGCAUUUCGAAAAUUUGGAAUGCGAGUGGCCGUUAUUUUAUAUUUACAUGAUAAUCGACGGCGUAUUCAAAACCUUGCCAGAUCAAGUUAACGAAUAUCAAGAAUUGUUAAAAUCAAUUAUGUUACAUGAUCAGUAUGGAGAUCCUUGCAUACCAAAAUAUUUUUACGUGACUAAAGAGAAUGCUGAACAAGAGACUCUUGAUCCAGGUUCAGUUACAAAGAAACCAUGUGUCGAGUCUGGUAUAUUUUUAUGGAAUCAAGCUUUAUUUAUAUUAUCUCAAUUAUUGACAAGCGGAUUAUUACAUGUAAAUGAAUUAGAUCCGAUUCGCAGAUAUUUGCCAUCGUACAAUAGACCCAGAAAAGGUGGCCGGUAUUCAGCUUUUCAGACCAAAAGUUCAUUUGGAACUGCAACUGAUCUUGUUGUACAGAUUGUACUCAUAGCUGAAUCGACCCGAUUGCAAGCCAUGAUGGCCACAUAUGGAAUUCAAACUCAAACGCCGCAUGAAGUAGAACCCGUACAAAUUUGGUCAUCGUCUCAGUUAGUAAAAGUUUACAAACAGUUGGGAGUGAACAAAAAAUUGAAUCUAAAUGGACGACCGGGCAGACCUAUUGGAAGCUUGGGAACUAGCAAAAUAUAUAGAGUUUACGGAAGCACCGUACUCUGCUACCCAUUAAUUUUUGAAGUAUCCGAGUUCUACUUAUAUCGUGACAUGGCUUUAUUAAUUGAAGAUAUCAAAACGGAACUGCAAUUUGUUGGACGAUAUUGGAGGCUCUCCGGCCGACCAACUGUAUGCCUAUUAAUUAUGGAAGAACAUAUGAGAGAUCCACAGUUUAAAAAAAUGCUGGAUUUACUAGCGAUGUUGAAAAAAGGAUAUUGCGAUGGAACGAAAGUAAGAAUUGGAAGAUUGCAAAAUUUGAUAUCCAGUUCAUGCGUAGAGCACUUGGACUUCAUGAAUAUUCUUGAUCUGGAUUUCACUUUCAAAACGUUCAACCAGUUUAAACAAUUAGAACACGAUUCCAUUGGUUAUCAAAGUUUAACAGAUAUAUCAAAGACUGCCGAAUGUAGUAACGCAUUGGAAGAUUUUAAAGAAUAUUUGCAUAUGCCAUUAACGGACAUAUUGGAAGAAAUAAAAACAUGUUCGAGUAUUUAUUUGAAAUGCCAAUUGCUCGGGUACGUAAUGAAAACGAUGGGAAGAGAGUUUGUAAUGCAAGGAAAGACUGUUAUUGAGCAUAUUCAAAAUUUGUACCAUCAAGCAGGAAGUUUAAGACAUUGGGCUGCUGUUCGCUAUGCAAGUAGUUUACUUCAUCACACAGUUGAUUCAAUAAGUCCUUUUAUUACAGCUGUUUUGGUACACGGGAAACAGUUAACUGUCGGUGUUGUGGGACAAAACGAAAUUGUAUUUGAGAAACCGAUGACACCUAGCGAAAUACAGACUGUAAUUUACAACACGGUAUUUCCUUUCGAUGUCAUUCAAGCCGUACUUCAACAAGAGAUUAUAUUGUAUUGUGGCCGUCUAAUUUCCACCGACCCUAUACUAUUCCGAGGUAUUCUUAAAAUUCGAGUUGGAUGGGUUUUAGAAGCUAUUAAAUUAUAUCUGAAUAUUAGAGGCUCAGAAAGACUACUUGAGAAUCAUAGUCCAUUCGAAGUUAGACAAUUGCUAGUCAAAGUAUUUUCAAUUCAAGAAUGGGCAACUAAAGAACAUCUAACUCCAUUAGAACGUCGGCAAAUCGAAGGAUGUCUUUGCAGAGUACCAAAAUCGUUUUACAAUAAAGUGUGGGAUGUUAUGUUACGCACGCCCCAUGGUAUUAAAGUAUCUGGAAAUAUUAUGAAUCAGCAGUCUACUAUUUCUAAUAUGACUCGUUCCGAAAUUCAAUUUGCACUCCUUGUUGAAGAGAUGCUGAAUAGCAUACAACAACCUGAAUAUAGGCAAUUGGUUGUUGAAUUAUUAUCAAUAGUUUCAACUAUUUUAGUAAGAAACCCUGAGUUAAAGUUUAAUGAUACAUUGGAUUUGGAGCAGUUGAUUUUAGAUGCAGCACACAUGUAUAUAAAGGACAAUAAUAUAAAAGAUAAUGAUAUAUCCAAUCUAUUUAAAGCGCCAACAACUCUGUCAAUGGGAUAUUUAGCAAGAGCUGUUGUUAAUACAGUGUUAAAAGGUGAAAUUUCAAACGAAAUUGAACAUCAUGCCACAAAUUGUAAUAUUACUUGAAAAUCUAGAGAUAUUUGGAAUAUAGUAUUUAUAUUUCUAUUAUAUUCUACACAACCCAUUUCAUUCAAAUACCCCGCCAU